CGUAUUUCCGCUUCCUACUCUUUUUUUUUUUUUCUUCUUCUUCUUCUUCUUCCGGUCCUCGAGGACGGCGGGCCUGGCUGGUGUUCUGCUCUAGCAGUGGUCGUGGAAGGAGGCAGUAGUCAUGGCGAUGUUUGAGCAGAUGAGAGCGAACGUGGGCAAGUUGCUCAAGGGUAUCGACAGGUACAAUCCUGAGAACUUGGCCACCCUGGAGCGCUAUGUGGAGACCCAAGCCAAGGAGAAUGCCUAUGAUCUGGAAGCCAACCUGGCUGUCCUGAAGUUGUAUCAGUUCAACCCAGCCUUCUUUCAGACCACAGUCACUGCUCAGAUCCUGCUGAAGGCCCUCACCAACCUGCCCCACACAGACUUCACCCUGUGCAAGUGCAUGAUCGACCAGGCGCAUUCUUUUGUGGCUGGUCCAGAUGAGCCGCAGCUUUUUUCCAGUCAUUUGAUAGACUCAGCAGUCUCCCACACGUGCCUGGCAAAGCAGCAAGCCCUGGAUGAAAAUCUGGACCUCCUGGAAGGUAUAACUGGCUUUGAAGACUCCGUCCGAAAAUUUAUCUGCCAUGUUGUGGGGAUCACGUACCAGCACAUAGACCGCUGGCUGCUGGCUGAGAUGCUCGGGGAUCUGUCAGACAGCCAGCUGAAGGUGUGGAUGAGCAAAUACGGCUGGAGUGCAGAUGAGUCGGGGCAGAUCUUUAUCUGCAGUCAGGAGGAGAGCAUUAAGCCCAAGAACAUUGUGGAGAAGAUUGACUUUGACAGUGUGUCCAGCAUCAUGGCCUCCUCCCAGUAGCUGCAGACCUUCAAUAAAGACUUGUUGGCUCAGUUCCA